ACCAGACAGCGUCUUGGGUUACGUACCUUGCCUCGCAGUUUCGUGUCCACUCUCGGCGCAAUUAGAUACGUACCUCGACAGCUCGCCUCGACAGCUCCCCAAUAAGUCGACCAAACCGGGCGCGCAUGGUCUCUCGUUGCGCUCUGCGAUAGCAUCAAUCCCGCACCUCACCUGCGCCAACCAUGGAUCUAGAACGGACAGGCCCGGGCGCCCUCAGCUGGCGCCUGAGCUCGCAUCCCAUCACGCUCUUGACCUUUCUAGCAUUCCGAGUUUCUAGUUUGCUCGUCUAUCUGUUCGGCCUCCUCCUCUUCACCGACAGCCUCGUCAUGAUCUUCAUCGCCACGAUCCUCCUCCUCGCGGCCGACUUCUACUACCUCAAGAACAUUGCCGGGCGGCGGCUCGUCGGGCUGCGCUGGUGGAACGAGGUCGACCCCUCGACGGGCGACUCGCACUGGGUCUUUGAGAGCAGCGAGCCCGGCACAAAGGUCAUCAACGCCACCGACAGCCGCUUCUUCUGGCUCGCUAUCUACGCCCAGCCGCUGCUGUGGUUCGUGCUGGCCGUCGUCGCCCUGUUCCGCCUCAACUUUAUAUGGCUGCCGCUUGUUGCCAUUGCGCUCGCCCUAACCAUCACCAACUCGCUCGCCUUCUCGCGGUGCGACAAGUUCAGCCAGGCGUCCAACCUGGCCGGGAGCGCCUUUAGCUCGGGCAACCUCGCCGGGAGCAUCGCAAGCAACAUGUUGGGGAGGUUCUUCUCAAGAUAAUACCCCAAAAACGGGAAGCCGGGGUCUAUCUAUCCUGGUGGACGUGUGGUUACCAAUACGAAGCUUCACUGUCGUUUAUUUUUAUCCUAUUUUUUUGAUACUCUUUUUUGUCGCGACACUUUGUUCCAAGGCGGCGCCGGGGGGUUUGGUUUGGUUUAGUUUGGGACGCUACUACGUAUGACAAGACGGGAUAAAAAUUGUAAGAAUUAAUUUAUUUUUUGAUCUCUUGAGAGAGGGACAGUAAUUGGCCACGGCUGGCUGGCAAAGUGUCUCUUUUCUAUGUCAGUGUGUGUAUGAUAUGAUGCGAGAAACUCUGCGUGUAUUUGAAUGGUGGCGGUCAGAGUUCAACGCCAAAGUCAAAGAGUCGUUUCUGCAAACACUGCCAACACUUGCAAUACUCAGCCAAUCUUACCACCUGAUAUGGAUUG